CACCUUUUGGAUUCCAGGGGAUUCUAACAGGAGCUGCAACCUGCUUCUAUGCCUUUGUGGGAUUUGACUGCAUUGCUACAACAGGAGAAGAGGCCAAAACCCCACAUCGCUCCAUUCCUAUUGGAAUCAUUGUGUCAUUGCUGAUCUGCUUUUUGGCUUACUUUGGAGUGUCUGCUGCUCUGACCCUCAUGAUGCCAUAUUAUAUGCUAAACAAAGAAAGUCCCCUUCCUGAGGCAUUCAGUUAUGUUGGCUGGGACCCAGCCUGUUACAAUGUAGCAGUCGGAUCUCUGUGUGCUCUAUCUUCCAGCUUGCUGGGAUCUAUGUUUCCAAUGCCACGUAUAAUCUAUGCCAUGGCAAAAGAUGGACUGCUUUUCCGAUUCCUGUCCAAUGUAAAUAGUAAGAGAAAAACACCAGUGAUUGCAACAAUUGCUUCAGGUGUUGUGUCAGCUGUGAUGGCAUUCCUGUUCGAUCUACAUGCUCUUGUGGAUUUAAUGUCUAUUGGAACUCUCUUAGCGUAUACCCUUGUUGCAGUAUGUGUACUAAUUCUCAGGUAUCAGCCCGACCAGAACACUUCAGAAAAAAAUAUAGUGGAGCUGAAUGACCUAGAUUCACAGAAAGUUGCUCUGAAUAGUACCAGCAAUGCCAGCAAGGAGAAAGAUGAACAAAUCACUUUAAAGUCAUUAUUUUUUCCCAACAGUGAAAAGCCAACAACAUCAUCUGGGCAUUUAGUCUACUUUUGUGUGGCAAUAAUGUGCACUUUAAUCACAGUGUUGUGUGUUGUUCUGGCGUUGUGUUCUAAACCGAUUCUAAACGGAUGUCCUGGGUGGAUUGCUGUGUCGGUAGUUUUGAUUGUUCUCAUUGGAGUUGUUACCGCUGUAGUGUGGAGGCAGCCAGAAAGCAAAGUGUACCUCAGCUUCAAGGUUCCUUUACUACCCAUUCUUCCAAUAAUAAGUGUAUUUGUGAACCUCUACCUCAUGAUGCAGCUAGAUUUAGCUACCUGGGCCCGAUUUGGCGUCUGGAUGUUAAUAGGGUUCCUGAUUUACUUUCUGUAUGGAAUGUGGCAUAGCUUUGAUAAGACUUCUAAUGAUGAGGAACCUACUCUUCUUUCCAAAGGUCCAAGUUAUACUUGACCUAAUCUGCCUGAUUUAAAUACAUCAUGGGGUAAAGCUGGUCUGUAAGCUGCACAUUUGUUGAGGAAAGCUGCACAUUUGUCAAGGAUAAAUCAUAACGCCCCUUGACAGUUAUGGAGUUGCAUCAACAGAACCAAGCUGGAGACAAUACUGCAGUGUCCUGUCAUAAGAAGAAUGGGCUUGUCCUUCACUCCAGUCAUUGUUUGAGAGAGUUAAUUCAGGUUGAAUUAUUUUCUGAAGUGACAGAUUCCAAACACCAUUCAAAUUUACAUGGUGAAAGCUAUCCAUCAGACUUCUAAAAUUUUUAAAAGAGUUUCUUGCAGUUCUGUCCCCAAAAGAGGCACUUUUCAUACCAGAACAUCAGUCUCAGAUUUUAAUUGCCUGGUCAGGAUUUGAAUGGAUACAAAACAGUUUUUUAGUGAAGUAUAGUGUGGCUGGAUUAAGUGUUAUCUCAGAAGAUAGAACUCACUAUUUUUACAAAGUUUCAGAUAGAUUGGUUUGAAAGAUUAAUAGAUGGAAUUUUGAAUUAAAAAAAAAAAAGAAAAAUGUACUUUUUAUAUUUAUGGUUAGUGUUUUUCUAUUUAUCUGUUUGUCAAGUGUGUUCUUUAGGUAACUUAUUGAGAGGGUGUGCAGUUUAUUUCUCUGUGCACAUAAAACACACAACCAAUCUGCAUCAUUUCCUUUUUAAAGCUACCACUUUUUUAUAGUUUGCUUUAAUUUUCUGUUUUUCCCAUCUUGUGUGCCAUAGUCAAAUUGUUGUCAAGUUUCUUUUCUAAACAGAAAUGUGUAAAGGUUAUUAAGUCACUGAACAUUUGUAUUCCUUUUUUUCUGUACCCUAACUAGCUUAAGACUUUUCUGAUUGUUUUGAUUCCUUGUAGACUCUACAUUUCUGUUUUAAGAACUGUAGAUAGCAAAGUUUUGUAAAUGGUCUGUUCAUACUUGAGUAAAUGAUUAGAAUGGCA